AUGGCGGCGCUGCCCGUGCCGCGCAAGCGGAGCGGCCCCGCGCUCUGCGGGGACAGCGGGGCUGCGGCCGCCCCGCCCGCGCUCCGGGGCGGCCUUCCUCCGCACAAGCGCCCCAAGAGCGCCGUGAUCGGGAUCGUGGACCCGUUCGGGGAUAGUGAUGACUUCACGGCGGAUGACCUGGAGCAGAUCGACAUCCUGGCCUCGCAGGCGCUGUCGCAGGAUCCACCCGCGGGACACGCGUGGGGAGCUCCGGAGCUGCCCCGGGCCGGGCGGCAAGGAAGCAGAACAGAAGAGGGUCUGAUGAGAGAUGCAUUCCAGUUUGAAGUGCUGCAGACACAGCAUGAGGAAGUCAAACAGAAGCUGAAAGAAAUGCAGGAUGAAAUUCUCACUAAAAAUGGAGAAAUUAAAAUUCUGCGUGACUCAAUGCAGAAGAUGGAGUCUGCUAUGGAGGAACAGAAAAGAUCAUACCUGCUACUGGAACAGCAGAAAAUUCAGAUUUUAAGUGAGAAAGAAAAAGAGUUCUCCAGAAAGUUACAGUCCUUGCACUCUGAGCUGCAGUUCAAGGAUGCAGAAAUGAAUGAAUUAAGAACACGACUUCAAAACUGUGAAAGAAAUAAACAACUUUCUCAGGCAGUUCCAACAACAAGCCCUAAAAAGAAUCUUGUGGUACAAGUGAAAUCAGAAGGAUGUUCUCCACAGCCAGGAAGAAGAUCUUUUCCUACAAAGGAAUCCUUCAAUGCUGAAAUGUCCACUAAGCCCUCGUGUUCUUCAGGAAAUUUGAUGGCCCUGACUAUUUCAAUCAAAGAAGACAGGAAGAUAACUCAUCCUGAAGUCUCAUCCCUGAAGCAGCACAAAGCAACAGGAAAAAACAGUUCCUACAACUCUGUCCCCAAACGAAAGACACAAGGUUCUAUCUUGCUGAAUGCACUGAUGAAGCAGCCCAUUGUCCCUGGGUCAUUUCUAGGACUCUGCCACCUUCUUAGCAGCAACUCUGAGCUUCUACCUGGAGCUGUGUUGCCACCCAACUCUUUGGAUACGAAGCCCACACAACUCCCCAGCAGCAGGACAACUCAAGAAGGAAUUGCUCCUCUUGUAUCCCUGCAAGAAGCUCAAAAACUGGCAAUAACAGGACUGAACUUGAUUGCUCUAGAUGAAGGAUUAUCUGAGGGAAGCCCAGCAGAAGGCCAGGGAAGGCUCUUGCCCCUCACACAGAGCAGGAUCCAAGGUGCUGUCCAUCUCCUGCCCUUGGUGGAGCACCACAUUGGUGCCUUCUGCCAAGCAGAGCAGCUCGGGGACACGGCAGGGAAUGGAGCUUGUGGGACACACCCAGCUGCUGCUUCCAGAGCCAGCACGAGCACGGUGUCGAGCAAGGAGGACUUCAGGUCAUCCCUUGAAGAAACUACUCUUGUAUCACUGGGGAUCCUUUAUUAUUUAGUGUUCUACAGCUGGGAUGUUGUCCACACAUUGCUGUCUGCUGAAAUGGAAAAAAGUUCUGCUGCUGGAGACGAACAGGUUUCCAACAUGGACAAAAAUGGAUUGUGUGACAAUCAGUGUGACAAUAAAGAAGAGAGCAGGACACAAGGAGGGCUGCCUGCUCCACAGGAUCCUCCCAAUACUGAUGGAGCUCAACAUCCUUUGUUUAAAAAGCUGCUUCAGAUUUUAGCUUUCUCUGCUGCAAGGGGCUCCCAGGCCGACAAUAUCCUGAGCCAAAGCCUAAAGGUUUUGGUGAAAUUAGCUGAAAAUUCAACUAUGGACUUGUUAAUAAAUUUCCAGCACUUACUGAGUAGCCAGAUACUGCAGCGCUGCCUGCACCCCGAGACUCCUCUGCCUGCUGUGCUGCUGACUGUGAGACUCCUGUGUGCUCUUGCUCAGCACCACCUGUUGGUUGCUCAACUCUGUUCUCAUUCAGAUACUUGCCUUCUCCUUGCACUCUACAUGUACAUAACAUCCAGGCCAGAUAAAUCAGCAUCUGAAAUGCUUUGGCUUCAGCUGGAGCAAGAGUCAGUCAGGCUCCUGACACGCUGCAUGUGGUGCUCCAGACCAGCAGUUUUAUUUCCUGGCACAGACUGUCAGUGCAACCUCGAGGUGGUUAAGGCACUAAUUGUGAUGUUGCACAGACAGUGGAUGAAGAUUAGAUCUGAGACCAGCUCGUGUGCACAUAAGGAACGAGUUAUUCAGUUUUUACGGGAUGCUGUUUUACUCUUGCACAGCUUGUCUCAGAAAGAUAAACUGUUCCAUGAACACUGUUUGGAAGUUCUCCAUCAGUAUGACCAAGCCAUGCCAGGUGUAAGAGCCAUUCUCAAAAAGACUAAAAAACUGAGUGCCUCUGAAGAGCUGAUUUUGGAUGAAUUGUAUCCUCCUGAGCCAGAAGACCAAGGAACAGACUCCAGCUAGCCAACAGCAAAGAUAUCUGUCCUUUCUCAUCUGAGUCAUCAUUGCCAAUGCAAAUGUGAACUUUGAAUCAUCCUUUUCAGUGAUAAUCUUGGGUUGCACUCGCAGCACAACAAAGGUUUCUUUGUUUUAAUUAUUUCGGUGCUACCUAAGUGUAGUUGAAAGCAAAGGAAUUUUGAUGAAUGGUAGUGCAAACUCACUUAAUGGCUUAUGACCGGUUCUGGUUAUGAAUUUCAUCCUGUAUGAAACAGCUGUGAAUGGAAUGGGAAUUUCUCUCUAGUCUCUAUUUUACUGUGACUACAGCUGAAUUUAUGAUGCUGAAUGUGCUGAGGUGUUUGGCAUCAUUGCAUUCAUAUGAAAGCCUUCUGAACACACUUGUUUCUUUUGUACUGUACCACUUCCUUGUGUGUCUUCCAGAAUUUUCAUAUUGUUGAUAUUAGUAAACAGUUUAUGGUGAUUUUAAAAACCCUUCUAGAAAUAA